AUGCGCCUGCCCCUUGGCCGAACGUUAAAAGCACGAGGCCCUCUCUUCUCACACGUCUCUUCACCUUUCUUUUGGACACCAAUCUCACGUUCUCAGUCGACCAAACCUCUGGAUUCGAAAUUUACCUCUGUCGAGGUCAAAUGCUCUGUUCACGCAUCUGUGUACACCUCGACCUACCAACGGACCCCAGUCAUCAUGCCUGAUUCCCCAGCCAUCGUCAGGAUCCCUUGGGAGGGUGUUGAGGGUCAUCCCAAUGAUACCCCUGAUGUCCAAACCCAACUUCAAGGUCUUCCACGAGAUACCCCUUACCUACGCAUCGACGAUGACGCCCCCUCCGGUGAUGAGUGGGACCUCCUUGGUUCACACUUUACCGCGGUUGAGAACCUGGAGCUCGAUAGUGGAUUCAAUGAGGAUCUGAAUGACGAGAUCCCUUUACACUGGCCCCUUCAACGGCUUCAGCUGAGCUCGGCAGUGUCUGAGGUGAUCCAAACCCCAUUUAUCCUGGAAGGCCGCGUCUUACAUCUCACCCUACUUCUGACAUGCGGUCUUCGAUUUGUGGGCCCGACGAGUGAUGAGCUAGUGAAACAGCAUCAGGAGGAUAUCAAACGUGGAGAUAAGGAAGCAGAGCAUAUCAAAGUUCACGAGGGGACGCCCGAGGAGCGCAAGAUUGAGAUUCGCUACCUCCCUACUUUGGUUGCGGAGUACAUGAAUGAACACUACUGCGAUCCUGACGCCAAGAAAGACUCAAAAAAUGAACCACCUACAGGUCCAACCAACAUGGAGACACUGGAAAUCUUUGAGAAUGAUGCCAUCGACACGUUUUGCCGCAUGACUUUAGCUCUCCCACAUAUUGUGUCAAACCUGCAGACCCUGAAAAUCCGCUCAACAAGCGGAUUAGACUUUCACUAUCUGACAGAGGAGCACUUUCAAGACUUUUUGCCCACCCUUGACAAUUUGAAAACCUUCAAUCUGACCGUAGGUGAAGUCUUCGAGGACCCUUCCUACCUGCCCACGUUCUACAAGGUGUUGCCGCCCAAUCUGUCAACCUUGUACUUCCGUGGCCCUGCAUCUCUUUGUCGGUCAGAGCACUGGGCAGACUGGCUGAAGUCGUUCGAGUCCGAGACCUUCCUCCCGCAUCUCCGACAGUUGGCAUUUGUUCUGGACCUUCACCACAAAGCCAAGUCUUCCGAAUCGUGGGGAAACAAGGCUGAGAGAGCGCCGGAUGAGGUACUGCGCCAGGCACGCGAGGCCUGUGACCAUCUUUGCGACAUUGCACGAAAGCGCGGGAUCAAUAUCGUGGAUAUGCCUGCCGAACACGAGAACCAGAGCAAUUUGUUUGAACCCGUGGAUUCUCGAUGGUGA